AUGGGAGGUCGUAGUGGACGAGGAGACUCAUCAGCCAUUGCUGCCCUCUUAGCAAAAUUGAAAAUAGGUUUGGUCAAUUGUUUAGCACCUCCCAGUCAAUAUCCCUCCCUUCUCCUUGGUAACAAUAUGGAAGAUACAAGUCAAGAUAUGAAGAGGUUCAUUCAUAUAGUUGCUGCUGAAAGAAAUGGUGGGAUUGCAUAUAAAAAUGACAUGCCAUGGCCAAGGAUAAGGACUGAUCGGAAAGUUAUGUUUCAGCUCAUAAAAAGUACUAAAGACCCAAACAAACAGAAUGCUGCUGUGAUGGGUCGUUUAACAUAUGAAUCUGUGAAAAGGCCUUUACCAGGCUGUUUCAAUAUUGUCUUAACAAGUCGCCCAAGCUCUGAGUUUCCAAAAGUGGAUUUGGUAUGCCCUAGUCUUAAAUCAGUUGUAGAGGAAGUCAAUUCUCCUUCAUUGUCAAGUAGAAUAGAAAAUAUUAUCAUACUAGGAGGAGCUGAAGUAUAUAGAGAAGCUUUAUCCUCUCCACUGACUGAUAAAGUAUACUUUACUGAUGUCAUGGGAGAAUUUCCGUCAGACACAUUUUGGCCAGGACUUGACGACUCUUUCAAGCUAAUAGAUGAUCCCGAUGAAAAAGUUCCAAAAGGAGUCAUCGAAGAGAAUGGAGUUAAAUAUCAAUUUUUUGUGUACCAAAAAAUGAAGAAAAGUUGAUUAACAUUACUAAUAAACAAUAACUCUAAACUUUGUUUGAUUUCUUGAGUAGAAUCAUGA